AUGGACCAUCAAGACUCCUUGUUGCAAGAUGUUCAAUAUCUUGCCGAGAAGAGACGAAUGGAAUGGCGAUCAAGACUUAUUCUCAUUAUUUGUCUAUUUAUUAUAUUUUGUAUUGUUGUUGGUUUUGUUUUAGCCGUAACCAUUCCGAUUGCCAUUAACAAUCAACAACAACCAAACAUUUCGGAGAGUAUUAAAGACAUGUUGAGUAAUCAUUGUACCUUUGGAGUGGCGAUAUUAGGAGCUGAAGGUGGAAUGAUUGAAUCUGAUUUGACAAGUGUUUUAUUGAGAACCAAUACGAGUGAAGGAAAUUUUAUUAGUUUGGAUGCUGGCACCAUGAUGAGUGGAUUGAUCAAGUUUACAAUGAAUGAAAAGUUGAAUUUAACAUUUUUCAAAGCUUUAUUUCCAGGAUUACCAGGAUGGUUGGCAGAUGUGGAUUUGGCAGAGCUUUCAAAAAAUCCAGAAGACAAGAGACAAUACUAUAUGAGCUUGUCAGGAUAUAUUAUGAAACAAUAUAUUUUGGGAUAUUUCAUUGGACAUUCUCAUUUGGAUCAUGUGGCUGGUUUGGCAAUUUCUUCUCCAGAAGGAUCUUAUUUUAAUGCUAACUACUCCAUAUUACCUAAAAGUAAGAGUAUUGUAGCAUCUCAAGAAGUAGCUAAUGUCUUAAAUUCAAGCGUAUUCAAUAAUGUAAUUUGGCCAAAUAUUCCACAAUUAACAAAUUGGUAUCAGUAUCAAACAAUUAAUUUUGGAAACAAAUAUUAUGUCAGCGAUUUACUUUACAUGACCAAUAACAAAUUUGACAAAAACUCAAAUGACAUUCGACAAUUACCAUCCCCAGGUAGUUACCAUUUUUCUGACACAACGGUAAAAAUAUUUCCUCUUUGCCAUGAAGUGACAUCAUCAGCAUUCUUGUUUGAGACAGCCAAUGUGCAACUUGUUUAUUUUUCUGACACAGGUCCUAAUACUGGAACAAGUUGUGAUUGGCGUUCCAAAGUGACAGAUGUUUGGAAUAGUGUGGACAUUACAAAACUCGCAGCAAUAUUAAUUGAGGUCAGCUUUUCUAAUGAUGUGCCCGAUAGCUCUUUGUAUGGACAUCUUCGCCCAAAGGAUUUAAUUCAACUAUUGCUCGAACUUAAAAGCUUAAAGGGUAAUCCUUCUCUCUCAACUUUGAAAGUUGUCAUCACCCAUAUCAAACCAACUUUCACAACCAUAUUUUCCGAAAGCAAUAGAGCAAUUAUUACUCGUCAACUCAAUCAAGAGGCCAAACAAGUACAAUUAGAUUGCAAUUUCACAUUUCCUAAUCAAGGAGAUUUUAUCUGUGUUGAGAAAUAA